AUGGAGAAAGGCAAUAUUACUGUGAUGACAGACUUCUACUUGACCGAACUGUCUGACCAUCCCGAAGUACAGAUUGCCCUCUUUGUGGUGAUUCUGCUGAUCUACUUGACCACUCUAGCAGGGAAUGGGGCUAUUCUCAUGGCAAUAGGAACAGAUGCUCACCUCCAAACUCCAAUGUACUUCUUUCUCAGUAAUUUAUCACUGCUGGACAUCCUUUGUCCAACGGUCAUUGUACCAAAGAUGCUCCAGGUAUUCUUGUCAAAAGUCAAGAGAAUAUCAUUUGUUGGCUGCUUGCUGCAAUUAUUGUUCUUGAUUGAUGUGGUGGGUACCGAAAUCUUCUUGCUCGCAGUGAUGGCUUAUGAUCGCUAUGUGGCAAUAUGUAGUCCUCUACAUUAUGCCAACAUAAUGAAUAAACAGCGGUGUGUUCAAUUGAUGGCUGUGAUUUGGCUGUUGGGCUUAAUUAAUUCUAUGGUUCACACCUCACUGACCUUUAGGUUGUCUUUCUGUGGAUCUAAGAAACUCAACCAAUAUUACUGUGAUCUUCAUCCUGUGAGGGCUCUCUCUUGCACUUCUACUUACCUUCCUGAAGUUGUCCUUCUCCUUGUGGCUGGUAUUAUAGGAGGUGGGGCAUUUCUGAUCACUCUGAUCUCUUACAUCUACAUAAUUUCUACCAUCUUGAGCAUGCACUCCACU